GAGAUUGAUCAGGAUGAUGAUGCUGUAUCAGCAGCAAAACCAGCGAAGCAGAGCUGGCUCAAUGUUCGUGCCGCAAUGGCAUAUUAUAAUUCACUCCGUAAAAUCAAGAGAACGAAAUCGAAUCAACGAUGGAUGAAAUUACGGACAACUGUACAAUUAUCAUCAGCAAUUAGUACAAUACAAAAGAAGCCACCAUUAAAACGUGAAGAUUCAUUUUUAAAACGUUUCUCAACCCGACAAACAACGGAUAAUAAUGAAACCGUAGAUGAUACGGGUAGUGAGGGUGGAAUAAGUGGUGAUCAGCCACCAGUGCCUAGACGACGUCGACGUGUUAUUCGACAUCCACGUAGUGUUGUUAAUCCCGAUGAGAAUUUUUAUUUUUAUUGGUUAUUAUUACAAACCACCUGUGUAUUAUAUAAUUUUUGGACGUUAAUUGUGCGACAAAGUUUUCCCGAACUACAACAGCUAGCGGAAUUAUUUUGGCGUAUAUGUGAUUAUACAAGUGAUUUGGCAUAUAUAUUAGAUAUAUUUGUACAAUUACGAACUGGUUAUUUAGAACAAGGACUUAUGGUUUAUGAUUCGAAAAAAUUAGCGGGACAUUAUUUACAUUCACGUGCAUUUUUAUUAGAUUUAUGUGCGUUAUGUCCAUUAGAUAUAUUAGAAUGGAAUUUGGGAACACAACCAUUAUUACGUUUUCCACGUUUCUUAAAAGUUUAUAGAGCAAUUAAUUAUUAUUAUAUGGUGGAAUCACGAACUGUUUGGCCAAAUUUAUGGCGUGUUUUAAAUUUAAUACAUAUUUUAUUAAUUUUAGCACAUUGGUUUGGAUGUUUUUAUUUCUUAUUAAGUGAGGCUGAAGGGUUUCAGGGUGACUGGGUAUAUCCACACCGUCCAGGCGAUUACGCCACUUUAUCCAGGAAGUACUUGGGGUCCCUGUACUGGUCUACGUUAACUUUAACUACAAUUGGCGAUCUGCCAACGCCAGAAACUAACCUUGAGAAAUCAACAUCACCGGACGGCCCCAAAUCUUUGCCUCGACGUGGACUCAAAUCACGAUUGUUGCAGUAUAAUUCAAACUCUGGAUACGUGUUUACCAUUGUCAGUUAUUUGAUUGGUGUUUUUAUUUUUGCAACUAUUGUUGGACAAGUUGGAAAUGUGAUAACAAAUCGUAAUGCAAAUCGUUUAGAAUUCGAACGUUUAUUGGAUGGUGCAAAGACAUAUAUGCGACAUCAUAAGGUGCCUGGUGGUAUGAAACGACGUGUUUUACGUUGGUAUGAUUAUUCAUGGUCUCGUGGACGUAUUCAAGGUGGUGGUGAUAUUAAUACAGCACUGGGUUUAUUACCCGAUAAAUUGAAAACUGAACUCGCAUUACAUGUUAAUCUUAGUGUAUUAAAAAAGGUGACAAUAUUUCAAGAAUGUCAACCGGAAUUCCUACACGAUCUAGUGCUCAAAAUGAAAGCAUAUAUAUUUACGCCCGGUGAUACAAUAUGCCGUAAAGGCGAGGUUGCACGAGAAAUGUUUAUCAUUGCCGAUGGAAUUUUAGAAGUUCUAAGUGAAACGGGACGUGUUUUGACAACUAUGAAGGCGGGUGAUUUUUUUGGUGAAAUUGGUAUACUAUGUUUAGAUGGCCUUAACAAACGAACAGCAGAUGUCCGAUCAGUUGGUUAUUCCGAAUUAUUUUCCUUAUCUCGUGAAGAUGUUUUAGCAGCUAUGAAAGAUUAUCCAGAAGCACAAGAAAUAUUGCAAGCUUUAGGUCGUAAACGUUUAAUGGAAGUAAAAUGUUCGAAUGCAGCGGCUGCACGUAAAGCGGCUAAUAAAAUCGCAGCUGCUUCAAGUUCUAGAUGGCAUCAUAUAAAAGGAAGUCUUCCCGGUGUUGGAAGUACAAUUGAUCCACAAAGUGCUUUUUGUGAUAAUGGUGGAAGUACGGAUUCAGAUGCUACGACUCCGCGAAGGAUUGUUGAUAAAAUUAAAUGUGAAGCAAAAGGUUUACGUAAAGUUUUAAGAAAAUCUCGAGCAUCACGUCGUUCAGGUGAUUCAAUCGAACUUCAACCUUUACACACUUCGGGUCAGCCAAAGGGUGUACUACGACGAAUGUCACGAGUUCGUUCUGACGAUCAAACGCAUCCAAACGAUGAUGUUCCAGGAUCUACAGGGGCACCAAUAUCAGAGCCACCAGUUUGUUCACCCCUAGGAGCUGGAUUACCCUUACUUAGUCGUUUACGACUAUUAAAAGAAAAGCAAGAUCGUGAAGAAGUCGAUCGUCAAGCGUUAACACCACAAAUAGCGCCAGUAAUACCUCCACAACCAGAUCCACCGCCUGACGUUUCCCCAGAAGUAAUUGGUGCUGGUUUACCAUUACUUCAGCGAUUGUUAUUGUUAAAAGCGAAAGAAACUCGGGAAGCAGCCGCGGUCGCUGCAGUUUCAACCACAACAUUCGGUGUUGCAUCUUCAUCUUCAUCAUCAACAACAAAAGAAACGAUUCCUGUACCACUAGUUCCUAAUAUAUCAUCAUCAAAAGAAUCGUCAUCAGUUUCACCAACGCCCACUACACCAUCAAUAAUCGAAGAUAAACUAACGAAAGAUGUAUCACCAAAAUCAAAUAAUCAUUCAUCAUCUUCAAAUGGUCCACCUUCUAGUUCACAAAAUAUUUUUAGUUUUAAUAAUAAUAAUAAUAAUAAUAGUAAUAAUAAUACUAAUAAUUCAAGUACCUCGUCAAGUAAUAAUACAAUUGUACCCCCCACUCCAAUAAAAUUAACAAAACCAUGGACAAAAUUAAAAAAAGCAGCGAUAUUAAGUUCUAGUGACGUGACGACGAAUAGCCUUAAUUUAUCAGUACCAUCAUCAUCGUCAAAUUGUUCUAGUUCGAAAAUCAUUACCACACAAACAUUAACAACACCAAAAAUUAGUCCAACAUUAUCACGUGUCCCGGAUAUUAUCAGUGAUAAUAAUACGAGUGCAUUAGAUAAACGUGAUUAUCAUUCGCAUCAUCAAAGUGAUAAUGCGCAUUUACAUAAUAUCGUAAUCGAUAGUGAUAGUGAUUGUGAUUUUAAUAAACAAACGCGAUUAACAUUUGAACGGCGGUUUGCGUCAUCAAUAUCGUCACGCAAACGAAAACCGUGUAUGUUACAUGUGCGUACCAAAAACUAUUUAUCAAUUGAUGAUUUAUCACCGGAAUAUUGUGGGUUACCAUUUGUGAAAAAAUUAAAAAUCUUAAAUGAACGACAAAAAUUAGCUGAAUUGGAAUCAGUUGUAAAAAUCCGUAGUGCUAGUUUAGAUUACCCCGAUACGAUGGAUUCUCUGAACAUACAAGAUACGCUUACGAGAUCUCAUUCAGAAGCAUGCGCAAUGCAAUGUCAUGGCACACUAUGUGUACCAAUGGACAUGUAUCCUCCUCUUAGUCCUGAAUCGAAUGAAACUCCUGAGCGACGUACUCUAAAAAGUAUACUAAAAAAUUUAUCAUCAGCAAAUCAAGAUCAAGCAAGUCAAACGCAGCGCAAUACACCAGAAAUUCGUCGAUUAAUGCGUGCUCCGACAAUUGAAGGCUACGCUGCUCGGCAUAGUAAACUAGCGAAAAGUGUCACCUUCAAUCGAGAUACAUUACAAAGUCCACCUCAAGAUGCACGAGCUCCAAUGUUAUUCUCCAUGAUACCAUCGACAUGUCGAGGACAUAUUAUCGAUUGUAGUACGCAAACCGAAGAGGAUGGUACAACGGUGGAAAGUUUUAUUGCAGCAAAAAAUCGUGAAGUAAAAUUUUUACAUAAUGUACGUUCGAUUUUCUCAUCCGAAUCGACUGUAGUACCGGGGCCAUUAGAUGAGGUUGUCGUUGGGAGUAUAAAACAAGUGAUACAAUGUCAUUUGCAAGAGAUGCAAACGAAAUUUCAAAGUUUGGAAUUGGAAAUCAAAAGACGUGAUGAAGUUAUAUGUCAAUUGCAAAGUCGAAUACAAGAGCUGGAACGAUUAUCAGCAACAGUUGUUUCAACGAAUCCAGAAAUUAGUGCGGCUGAUGAUAGUUCAACACAGUAUUCGGAAAGUUUACAGGGAAGCCUAGAAUCACCCCACGUAAUUUUAGAUUUAGAUUGUAGUGAUGAUGGAGUUGACGACCAAUCGCAACAAGGGAAUAAUGCUCACUAACACUAAAACGGUGCCAUAUUGAGUGCCAAAAAAACCUAAAACAAAUUUAACUAAAGAAAAAAAGUAGCUAAAUAAUUUAUUAAAAUUUAAAAUUGAAAUGAA